UUGCUCUGGUCCCUAUUGGUUGGGUCGAAUUUCCUCAUUAGCUGGUCAUUGCUUUUCGGGACUGUGGAAAACAUGACCCAAUCUGACUCCCAUUUCUACAUUGGCUUAGCUUUAGCAGUUUCGUCAACUGUUUUUAUAGGGUGCAGUUUUAUCGUAAAGAAGGUGGCAUUGCGUAGACUCGCUGCAACUGGUACUCGAGCUGGUGAUGGUGGCUACCAGUAUCUCUGUGACUGGGUGUGGUGGCUGGGGCUCAUUCUAAUGGGUCUGGGGGAGGUAGCCAACUUUGCGGGCUACGCUUUCGCCCCCGCCUCUCUCGUUACUCCCAUGGGGGGCCUUUCUGUCCUCGUGUCUGCCGUCCUCAGUUCCCACUUCCUUGGUGAACGUCUCAAUUUCACUGGCAAAAUUGGCUGUGUUGUUUGCCUAUGUGGGUCUACCAUGGUUGUUCUUCAUGCUCCCAAAGAACAGGAAGUUCAGUCUCUCCACGAACUUAGUACCAAAGUUUUAGAUCCAGGAUUCCUCACUUAUGCAAUUGCGAUCACAAUCGCUGGCAUAGUGUCAAUUUUUGUGGUCGCUCCGAAGUUCGGAAGCCGUAAUCCACUCGUCUUCGUUUUUAUCAGCGGCAGCAUCGGUUCGCUUUCAGUCAUGGCCUGCAAAGGGAUCGGCCUUGGCAUUAAGGAGGCCAUUGAAUACGGGGUCCUUGCUCUCUUACAACAGUGGAUCUUCUGGUUCUUCUUGGUCGGGCUGACCUUUUGCCUGACAGUGCAACUGAACUACCUGAAUCGGGCUCUUGAUGUCUUCAACACGAGCAUCGUCACUCCUUUGUUGUACGUCUUCUUCACGGCUUUCGUGCUGAUCGCAUCGACUAUUCUCUUUAAAGAGGGCUCCUCGCUCUCCCCUACCGAUUAUAUCGGCAAUGCCGUCGGCUUGAUCUGUAUCGUCAGUGGCAUCGUUCUUCUGACACUUUUCAAGGACUUGAAUGUUUCACUAAACGACUUGGUUAAGGAUUUCGCAAACCCGACGCCCAACCGCGUAGUCCACAUUAACGGCGAUAUACCCAUAAAGCAUCGCUUCUCUCCUACUUGGUGUAAAAGGAAGAGCCAUGGUCUAUCCGAUGAAACUUACACCCUCCUCUCCUCUUCAAACGAGUGCAGUCCCGGCAACGAAAGCACUCGCAGCAUCCCACCAAAACAUGAAGUUAUCGAGUUCCCCAAACUCGAACGCCACCACCAAGGAGUUCAUCAACGUACUGGCUCCGGAGCAUCUGUCUUUAAUUUCGCCUCCGUUCCUGCAACCACGGAAAACCACUUCACUGCUAGAGAGACAGCCAAUACCAACCACUCAACGAUUUGGCCCUCGCUCUAA